ACAUCUCAACACUAUCUGUCAACGUCAACGCUCAAACUGAACGAAAAUAAAAUAUUUCACAAGGUGACCAAAGAACGUAAUAGCGAAAGAAAGAUGAGUAUGCGCGAGGAAGAUCGGCAGAAGAACAACUGUCCAAGCCGCGGCCUCGGCUUGGCGGCCGCGGCUCUGGGCGUUGGUGUUGGGGCUGCGCUGUACUACUUCCUCAGCAAGAAGCCAGAAAACCCUGAUGGAGAAGGCUCGACCACAGGCUGGUCCUGCGAGCAACCUCAUACCUUGUCGGAAGAAGAACAGAUAAAGUUUCUUAACGCGCAGAAAUUCCGCGAACGCUCUUGGUCCCUCGAGGAGUGCUCCAUCUGCUUCGAGAUCAUGCUCAAGGACCAGGACCUGACCAGCCUGCCGUGCGCGCACAACUUCCACUCGGCCUGUCUGGCGCCCUGGCUGGCGGAGCAGCAGACCUGCCCCAACUGCCGCAAGGCUGCCGAAUGAAGCUAAUAUUUCGCGUUUUCUCAUCGUAUCACUGAGGCGAGCGUGAGACGGGUCUCCGCGCCGAACACCGCAUCUGCCAGGUUGGUGCACCUCUGAAGAUACAUUCAGGACAAGCCAAACAAACAAUAUUUCAUCUA